AGAGAGAGAGCGAGAAAUGCUACAGCAUGUACAGAGAACUGUGUGGCUUCAGUUGAUGUGUUCAAGAGAGUACAACUCAGAAAUAUUUACUUAGUUUAGCACUUUCCUAAAUAGAAACUUUCAAUCCGCUACAAUCAAGUAUUAAUUGCGUAUUCAGUAAGAGCCACUUCUUACAUGUGUUGAAGCGUCAUGGGCGGAUGUUCGGAUAUAAACACUAUUCACAACGGUUGCUAACACACAAGGGACGUAAUAGUAUCUAUUUUGAUUGGAACUUAUUUUGAAGAAAUAAUACAACUAUCUGAGGACUAUUUCUCGAUGACGUUACUUCAAAAAAGAUGAUUACCUGAAAUAUAACUCGUGUGUGGAGGUGAUAAUUGAAAAUGGUUGUAGUAAAUCAGAGGAAUCAUUUCCGUUCUAUCACAGAUAGACGUCUUACCAAUAUUAUGAAAAGAAAGCCAAUUAGUUGAGACAAGGAUUAACUGUGGCGUCAAAACAUUACGCAAAAUGCCAGAAUCGCACCAGUAUCCUAGGGGUAUUCUUAAAGGUGUGGCCAUCAACAGCAAAGGCAGGGUGACACCUCCAACUACUUCAGUGGUUAACGUGGCCACUGGAAGCAGCAGUCAGCGUCAAAUGCUCCGCUCCCUGAGGUGGUCAGCAUCCGAUCUGCACAACGGUGCAAGGGGAACAACCCAGAAAAUGCAGCAAGGCACAUCGCUUGCCUCCCCUGCCAGCGCGUUGACGAUGCCUCAUGGCGUUAACACUUACGACAUGUACGCCAAAUUUAACGACAAUGAACUGUUGCUAGGAGACGAGAGAAACAAAAGAAGAGUCUCCGAAAAUUCAGAACCAGGAUAUAAAAAGCACAGUCUGUUAUUAAGAAAAGCUUUUUUCAUGGCUGCCCGUACAGACGAUAGAAUAAAGGAAUGGACCUUGGAGUCUUACAAAACCAAAAUGGUUCAGAUGUUAAUGCGCGAGUCGGAACUUCUGGGCAGAAAAUUGUCUUUCAGUACGUCCACGACACUCAGUCGCAGGACCUCAAGCAUUGAACAGCUGCCAGAAUUAGCUACAUCCAGUAGACGCAGCUCUCAGGUGGCCAAGCCGACUAGAAGAGGCUCUGUGUUUUGGGUUCCACCGUCAUCAGAACAUUUAUCAGAGUUGGAGAGACAAAAGAGGCGUUCUAUACGAACGUUCAAAUGGUAUGCUCGCAUCAUCCGGUCACUCUGUGGUCUACUCAUGGACAUGCAGAAGCUGAGCAUUAGCAAGACCCAACAGUCGGCCUACUCGGAAUUUCUCUACAUCAUCGCAGGGGCGAAAACCCAUGCCGGACAAGAGGGUCAGGGGGAAGAAUCUCAGACGCUGCUCUUUGACAAGUCCUGGUUCAACAGAAACAGAGCAUGGUCCAGAAUGCCCGAGUGGGCCCAGUCCAUCAUGCAGCAGCCGCCGGACGAGAGAAGCCCGGAACAGAUCCAUCACCUGAAGCAGCUGUUAAUGGGGAUGAGAAGCUUCAGGGAGAACCUAACUGACGUCAUGAGGGACAAACUGUGUCAAGUGGUUCGAUAUACCAAAUGUGACAAAGGUCGCGUGGUGUUACGUCAGAACCACAUCGGCUUUGACUUCUACUUCAUCUUCUCUGGCUCCGUCUUCAUCCAGAUAGACAUUGUGGACGAGCGAACGGAGACCACCUACACCAACAUUGAGAAUGUCUUGAGGAGUGGGGAAGGCUUUGGCGAAAUAGCAUUACUCGGUGAUGGUCGCAGGACAGCCUCUGUCAUCUGUAAGGAGCCGACAGAACUUUGUCAAAUAGAUAAAACCACGUUUCUAGAGAUAUGUCCAGUUCUUUUCAACCAACAGCUUCAGGAUAAGAUUCAGUUUGCCAAGCAGUUUGCUCUGUUCCAGUCCUGGGAUCACGAGGUGCUCAAACGAUUGUGUUUCCUGUCCCAAGUACUGGAUGUGCCUCAUUCCACUGUGGUGGAGGCCGAUUGGUCCACUGCCAACUAUGCCUACUUUGUCAUGAAAGGUAGACUGUCCAUGCUGAAGGAAUUCGAUGUCACUGACAUUCCAGACAUGGCCACGGCCCACUACGCUGGGUCAGGUCAGCCUGUCCACUCAGCGCAGACCGAGGGAAGUCAAACUAAAAAGAAGGUCACUAAAUUCGCUCACGUCGGAACGUUACAGUCAGGAAGUUGUACGGAGUUGUCCAUUUUGUCCUUGGAGCCCCCAAAGAACUUAUCUCGGAUAACUCUUAUCAGUGAAGGGGUCAAGCUGUUCAGAGUAGCCGUCAGAACAUUUUUAAGAUUGUCUCCGAGAAAAGCCGCGGAGGAAUACUUGAAGAAAGUGUAUACACCAAAAACGUUUCCAACAGAAGAAGAAUUACGAUCUCACUACGUGAAAGACCUGAGCUGGUCCCAGUACAAGAUGCACGUCGUGAACAUGCACAGGUUGCAGCGACAGGGCCAGAUUAUCGCCAACAUACCGGCCACAAUGAAAGGGUCAAGUGGAUGGGCCAAGUGGCCAGGAUAUGUGGUCGUUCCUAAACACAAAAAGAUGACCAAAGCUGACAAGACAAGUGAGGAUGAAACGGACUCGUCUUAUGAGGAGUCUGAAUAUGACGUAGAUACAGAAGAUGUCACACAGGAACUUCCGGACAAUGACCUCCCAAAGAUGUCUGAUAAAAAGUUCAAAAGUUCUGGAAGAAGUUCUUCCGAUCUGGACAGUCAAACAUUUACUUUGACCAAUGACCGUACACUAAACAUGAAGCCUCCUCAGUCCAGUACUGUGGCCACAUGGAGAAAGAAUCUGGAAGGCACCAAAGCUUGCAAUCAUAUCUUUAAAUCUUGAUGAAAAUUUACGAUUAGCUUCACGCUAUUAUGAACAUUUUUUGGUAGAAAAAGAUUUGAUCAUGUCUUGGUAGAUAAGAUGUGAACAUGUCUUGGUAGCUAAGAUUCGAACAUGUCUUGGUAGAUAAGAUGUGAACAUGUCUUGGUAGCUAAGAUUCGAACAUGUCUUGGUAGAUAAGAUGUGAACAUGUCUUGGUAGCUAAGAUUCGAACAUGUCUUGGUAGAUAAGAUGCGAACAUGUCUUGGUAGAUAGAAUGAGAACAUGUCAUGGUAGCUAAGAUUUGAACAUGUCUUGGAAACAACAUGUCUUGAUUACUUUAAUGAAGACCUUUUAGUAGGUAAAAUGACAACCUUAAUAGCUAAAAUGGCGACCUAUCAAGGUACCUAUAAUAACUUAUAUACUAUACAACUUUCUAUGUUUUUUAAUAUUAUUAAAAGCAUUAUCUGGGUCUAUGUUGAUUACUAGUAAUGAGAAAUGGGGAGAUAUUUAUGCUCUCGGGAAAUAUUCAAUUUCUUUAUUAGAGGGAAAAUGUAUACAUAUGUAUGUAUAAACGAAUGAAGAUUAAAGUUAUGUAAUUUUGCUGAAAAUUAAACAGUUUAGUGUUAUUAGUUUACAGAAUGUUUUAAAAAAUCAAGUAAAUGACUCAGAAUGGAAACUUACUAAACAAUCAGUCAAUGCUGGUACACCAGUGACUAUCUUCUCAUUUAUAUAGAGGGUAGCAUUAUAUAGUUCGUCCAUCAUAGCGUAAUAAUGACCACUUUUGUCAUCCAGGGGCCUGAGGGAUUUGCACUGGGGUUUUAUGCCUCCUCAUGUGGCUGUUGAGACUUAUGUGAGCCCGGAAUGUUCGGCUGCACACUGGGCAGGUUAUUCCAGCUGGAGCUAGCGUCAUUGGCCUUGCUUUUCUUCUCUGGCGUUUUUCUUCUGCCAGCGUUGUUCUCUUUUCCUCAGCAACCUGUGCGCCAGUUAUUCACAGCGCAACGCCAAGAUGCUCUGUCAUGUGCCUCUGUCUCCCAGGUGCCUGGGUCUAUGCUGAACGCCUUCAGACAAAAAAAAAAAGAACAACAAAAUACCAGGGUAGCAUUAAAUGCACAUAGAUACAAUUAUAUUGUAUCAAUUCGUCGAUGUUAAUGAUUGGCAAUAAUUAUAACAUCAUUAUCGAUAAAUCACUUAUCUAUAUAUUUAUGAGAGCAUUGCGACAUGUUUUUCAAACGAGAUAUACGGAGAUAUUUAUCAUGGUGAGAUUUUUGUU